CAAAAACAACAGAGGCCAAAAUUUUCUCAGAUUUUUGCAUAAAAGAUGUAAAAUUAAAUAAAAAAAAAACACCUGCAUGAGUAUCUAGCAGGUGAACUAGUUUUCAUAAGGACGCAAUUUGUAUAAAACAACAUAAACUUGAAAGUUAUUGUUGCUUGCUUUCAUAAUGAUGGUCAAUGAUGAACUAUUAGUGCCAAUUUAUUCGUAAAAUAGCGCGCUUUAUGCAGACCUUUUUAUUUCACUCCUUUCUUCACCAUCCUUCAUGGUGUUUUUAUCUACGUUAAUUUUUCGCGUAUGAUUUCGUACGAAAUCAAAUUUGCCGGUGUUAAGGAAAACAUUACAAGUAUUGUGAAGUGACUAACCAGCUGAUCAUUUGUGUCCUUUUGGGAGUUAUAUUCGUAAUCAGUACUCAAACAACUACCAUUGCUUUGAAUGAAAAACCUUGACAUUUAACAUUUAUAAUCCUUUGAAAUAAUCUUAAUAUUGUUGGUAUUGAUUUUAUGGAAAUGGUCAAUUAUGAAAUGAAAUAAAUUAAACACAUUAUAUUUAUGAAAUCAUUAUGACUUACCUACGAACACAUGUUGGACGAUUUUCCUGGUUGGGGAAAUUAGUAAUAUUAGUUAUUUCUGCAUGGUUGUUAACAAUUGUUUUAUCAAUUAAUCAAAUUAGAAAAAAUUCAACUUUUAAUACACCUGAAACAGAUAAAACAGACCAAGAUGAUACGCAAAAUCUAAUGGAAAUUUCCAAAGCUUUUCAAACUUUGAAGCAACAGAAUAUAGAUUUACAAAACAAUCAGAUAUGGAAAAAAAAACUAGAUGCUUCGGAAGAUCAAGUACAUCUAUUUUUUCAAGAACUUAUGAACAACUCAUCAAAUAUCUUCAAAUUGAAACACGAAAAAAUAGAUUUUCUAUCAGAACCAUCAAUGAAGUAUGAAGAAAUGCGAUCAAAAAUCCAAAAUAUACUACAAGAAAUGUGGUUUUUCAUCAAUUCUGAAUUAUCACUACUGCAAAAAAAAGUCCAAGAUGAAACUCUCAAAAAUGAUAUAAAAGAUACGUUAGAGGAGUUAAGUGAAUACAAAAAAUAUUUAUUAAUUGAUAUCAAAGAUUUAUCGGAAUCAGAUGGUUAUAAUUCAUGGAGGAAAAAUGAGAUUACGGAAUUAUCAACACUUGUUCAGCAACGUUUCAGAAAUUUACAAAAUCCAGUAGAUUGUGAUAAUGCCCGAAAAUUAAUAUGCAAUAUUAACAAAGGCUGCGGGUUUGGUUGUCAGAUUCAUCAUCUUGUGUACUGUUUUCUUGUAGCUUAUGGCACUAAAAGAACUCUUAUUCUUAAAUCUAAAGGUUGGCGUUAUCAAAAAGAUGGGUGGGAAUCAGUUUUCCAACCUCUUAGUAAUACAUGUUUAUCAGCAAAUGGUCAGACACAUUCGAAUUGGCCUGGAGAUGAAAACACACAAGUAGUCAUUUUACCAAUAGUCGACAAUGUUUUCCCAAAACCUAUUUUCCAACCACCUAGUGUUCCAUCGGAUUUAGCAGAAAGACUCAGAAAAGUUCAUAAUUAUCCAUUGGUUUGGUGGAUAGGACAGGUCUUAAAGUAUUUGAUGCGACCAACGAUAGAGACCAAAAUGUUGCUUUCGGAAAAAGAAGAAAAAAUGAAAUUUACCAAACCUAUUGUAGGAGUUCAUGUUCGUCGUACGGAUAAAGUAGGCACUGAAGCUGCUUUCCAUGAUGUUGACGAGUAUAUGUUGAAAGUCGAAGAAUAUUUCAAUAAUCUGAAGAACCCUCCUGAAAAAAGAAGAAUUUACUUAGCAAGUGAUGAUCCUAAAGUUAUCAUAACUGCCAGGCAACGAUAUCCAAAUUAUGAAAUAAUUGCAGAUACUGACAUAGCGCAGACUGCAUCGAUCGCUAGGAGAUAUUCUAAUUUAUCCCUUCAAGGUAUAAUAAUGGAUAUACAUUUUUUAUCACUGUGUGAUCAUAUAGUAUGUACAUUCAGCUCUCAAGUAUGUCGCGUAGCAUAUGAAUUAAUGCAGACAUAUUCAAUCGAUGCUAGCAAUAAAUUUACAUCGUUAGAUGACAUAUACUAUUACGGGGGUCAAAAUCCAAACCCACAGAUAGUUAUAUACAAUCACGUGCCUCGAAAAAAAGGAGAAAUUGAAUUGAAAUUCAAUGAUAAGAUAGAAGUUUAUGGAAAUCACUGGAAUGGAUAUUCCAAAGGUAGAAAUUUAAGAACAGGUGUUGUAGGACUUUUCCCAAGUUAUAAAGUAGUAAAUGUUGUAAAAGCUGUAGAUUUUCCAAAAUAUGACUAGAGUGUAAGGUCCGGAAAGUCAAUAUAUUGGCGCACCUUCUGAUCGACCCUUUGCCUACACUUUUAAUACCAGUUUUGUAUGAAUGAUAUG